CCCCUUCAACUGGCUUUCGCCUCCCAGUAUUGCCGACUUGCCUCCUUUUUUCUUUCUUCCCAGGACGCACAUAGUGCACCCAUGUGGGCGACUGGCUUUCUUUGUUCAUUAAGCUAUUCUAUUUCUUGUCUAUGACGAAUCAAUAGGAAUCGACAAUCUCCGGCUUUGCGUCGGCCUGUCGCGCCGCCCCGACCUCUUCUUUCUCCUAAGCCGCCAAUUGUCCUCUCGAAUCUCUCAACAUCCGACUGACUUACCCUGAUCUCAACCCCGUCGCUCGUCAUGAAGCUUUUUACGCUGCUGUGCCUCGGUACGGUCGCCCUGGCGGCGUCCACCACGCGCAAGAAGAAGUCUAAAACGAAGGGACCAACCGUCUUCAACGGCAUCGAAGUUCCACCUAUGCUCGAGAUUACUCCGGAUAACUUUGAGUCCGUGUCCAACGAAACCCAGUUUAUGCUCGUCAAGCAUUUCAGUCCGUAUUGCCCGCACUGCCUCGACUUUGCUCCCAUCUACCAGACUCUGUACGAAUACUACUACACGUCGAAGCCCCUCACCGAAGAAUCGGGUAACUUCACCGAGUUCUACGACAUCCGCUUCGCCACGAUGAACUGCAUUGCUUUCUACGAUCUGUGCUCGAGCCUGAAAGUCUCGUCCUAUCCGAGCACCGUGCUGUACAAGGGCGGAGAGCCCGUUGAAACCGUCAAGGGAGUCAAGGGCCUGGAUAUUCUGACCAAAGCGAUCGAGCCGUACCUGGAGGCAGCGAAGCCGGGUAGCCGCCCGAAGACGCUCAACCUUCCCGAACCUGGCGAUGACGAGACUCCCCCGCCCAGACCUGUCGAAAACUUUAAUCCCGGGGGCGUCUCGAUUGCCUUGAACGCGACCAGCUUCGAAACGUUGGUAGCGACGACACAGAAGCCUUGGUUCAUCAAGUUCUACGCUCCCUGGUGCCAUCACUGUCAGGCGAUGCGCCCUAACUGGGAGCAAAUGGCCAAAGAGAUGAAGGGGAAACUGAACAUUGGCGAGGUCAACUGCGAUGCGGAACCCAAGCUCUGUCGCGAAGUCGGCGUCGCCGCCUAUCCGAGCCUCCUGUUCUUCAAAGGUCCUCAGCGCGUCGAGUACGAGGGUCUGCGCGGCCUUGGCGACUUUGUCGAAUUCGCCGAGACGGCGGCUGAGGCCGCACGCGAGGUGCCGAAUGUGACCGCGAAGUCUUUGCAAAAGCUCGAGGGCGAGGAGGAUGUCAUAUUCAUAUACUUCUACGACGACGCCACCACCAGCGAGGACUUUAUGGCCUUGGAGCGGUUUCCUCUGAGCGUUGUGGGCCGGGCCCGGGUUGUCAAGACCAAGGACCCCGAGCUCGCCAAGCGGUACAAGAUUACGACGUUCCCGAGGCUCCUGGUGUCGCGUGAAAAGCGCCCGACCUACUACAACCCCAUCACGCCGGAGGAGAUGCGGGACGUGGAUCGCAUUUUGAGCUGGAUGAAGUCCGUGUGGCUUCCCAUCGUGCCGGAACUAGUCGCCUCCAACGCACGGGAGAUUAUGGACGGCAAGAUUGUCGUACUGGGCAUUCUUAACCGCGAGGACCCGAGGACGUUUCAGUAUUCCAUGAGAGAGAUGAAGAAGGCCGCGAACGAGUGGAUGGAUGAACAGAUCGUCCUCUUUCAAGAGGAGAGGCAGGCCCUUCGAGACGCGAAGCAGAACCGCAUCGAGGAGGCCGAGGCCCGGGACGACCAACGUGCUGUGCGGCAGGCUAAGGCGAUUCGCAUCAACAUGGACAAGUCGCAAAGGAAAGAGGUCGCCUUUGCCUGGGUGGACGGCGUUUUCUGGCAGCGGUGGCUUCGUACCACGUAUGGGAUUGAGGCGACAGAAGGAAAUCGGGUCAUUAUCAACGACGAAGAUCGACGCCGGUACUGGGACACGACUCUCGCUGGCGGCAAGAUUCUGGUCUCCAGGGCGGCUAUCCUCGACGCCCUUUCCAAGGUGGUCACGUCGCCGCCAGAGAUCAAGCCCAAGUUCACCAUCGCGUCCUUCGAGAAGCUGUUCUUCGACAUCCGCAUGUCAUUCGUCGAUCGUCCCUACUUCUCCACGGGUGUGGUGGUAUUGUUCGUGCUCGCUGUCGCAUCCUGGUUCCGUCGCCGCAUGCGCAGAGCGCGUGGCAAUCACCUUGCCCGUGCUGAAGAUGGCUGGAGCACGAAAGAGCUCCUGAAAGAGGGUUUUAGCGGGGGUGGCAUGAACGGCAACGGCAAGGUGGACUGAAAAGCGGCCCAGCGAAGCAGAUUAAGCGAGGGGGAAAUGCUGCAAGACGAGAAGCGAAAUGGGGAGUUUUGGUCGAUAGGUUUUGAUGCAUGCACAAUACAGUAGCGAGAAUUGGUUGUUGAGUCCGCUGGCGUUCCAAUCAAUCAGAAAUGACGACUACUACAUGAUGGAGGGGUGUUGCGGUUUUCCACGUUUCCCAUAUGCAUCUGGGGUUGGAGUUUUAUGGAGUACGUUGUAGAGGAUGUUUGUUUGUUAGGUGAAUGGGCAAUUUGCUCGGUCAUUUUUGCAGCUGUUUGUCACAAACUGGGGGGCUCUGCAUGUUGUAGACAAGCGGUUCCUUGCUAGGUUUACUUCCGAGAGUUCUUCCAAUGUAUUAGCUUAUGCCUUGAAUUUGAGUAAGUUGCGGUUG